UCGGUUCAGUUGUCGUGAGCUCGUCGUGAAGGCAAGAGGUCUACUUCACGCCUCACAAUUCCGUUAAUUUGCAACAUGUUGUAUUCACGCCCAACGCCUUUACAAAGCAGUGAUCUGUUUAAUAUGUUCUUAGUGCAACGUGAUCAAUGUGAUCUUAUUGUGGACAAUCUACAGCUUGCGAAAUACGACAACACUGGCAAAAUACUUUCCGAGCGUGUGACUGCUGACGAAACGUGGACGAACUGCAUUCCUGGGUGUGCGUGCGAGGGUUACAGUCUCUUAGCUCCAUCUGUGAGUGGUCCUUCAUUCAGAGUGCGUAAAGUUCUCCCAAACGUCAACUGCUGUUGUCUUUGCUGAACGAGGCAUUCUGACUGCACACACCUUGAGCUGUGUUUAGGUCAGAGAUUGU